AUGCAAAUCCUCUCGAGCGAGGUGAAACAGAAAGGGCAUGUUAUCGGGGGAAUUUCCGCGGCCUUAGAGCAUGUCCGGGAACAGCACACCGAUUGCGACACCAAAAUCAAGCAGCUCGAGGGCGAACUCUCCCAGUGGAAGAAAGACCACACACACUGCUCUACCCAGGGCGCAACGAUUGCCGAUCUCGAGGGCGAACUCUCCCAGUGGAAGAAAGACCACACACACUGCUCUACUCAGAGCACAACGAUUGCCCGUCUCGAGGACGAAUACCAGCGCGUCCGGGAACAGCACCGCAACUGCUCUACCCAGGGCGCAACGAUUGCCCGUCUCGAGGGCGAAUACCAGCGCUUCCGGGAACAGCACCGCAACUGCUCUACUCAGAGCACAACGAUUGCCCGUCUCGAGGGCGAAUACCAGCGCUUCCGGGAACAGCACCGCAACUGCUCUACUCAGAGCACAACGAUUGCCCGUCUCGAGGGCGAAUACCAGCGCUUCCGGGAACAGCACCGCAACUGCUCUACUCAGAGCGCAACUACCACCAGCCUUCAGCAAAAACUGCGAGACUUGGGGCCAUCGAAUCGCGAAUGCUCGAAUCAGAGUGAUACUGCCACUAAGCUGAUAGGCCAAGCCCAUGGCCGGCAAAUCAAUGGCAAACGCACCGAGGAAACAGUGUCGAUAAGACGAAGAACAGAUGCCACCCCUCAAUUGAUGGGCGAGGUGGACGUGCACAGAGCUACCACUGUGCCUGAUACAACCAUGGCGAGCGUGUCUCGCAUCGAAGCCAGUCUCAAGAGUGUCUACAUGCUCGCGAGUCUCUGCCUAGCCAAAGGCGCCGAGCGCACUGACAACCCUGUAUCCGCCAAGUAUAAAGCUUUGGAAGAGCUUGUAUUGAAAUGGGGGACUUCCGACAUCCGUGGUGACUACACCGAUGCAACUCGAUCGGCGUCUUUUGUCGACCUAUACCGGGAUCUAGCUGUCGGUUUCGAGAAGCUGGCAAUGUCUCAUAUGACACAGGCACGAGAUCUGCAGAAUAUGGCGUCAAAAGUGGUGCAAUUGCGCGCCGAUGUGUUUGAUCUGAAGGCAGAUCGCGAUGAGUGGAAGAGGCACUGCCUCGCGGUUCUUACCAAGGCUGAAAGUGAACAAAAAGCCGCACACGGGAGAGAGUCGGCACUCAAAGAGCAGCUGAAGGGGAUGGCCGAGUUUAUCGGCGAGCUUCAGCGUCUUCUGGGAGACGACGACAAUCAAAAAUUGUACAAUGGAAAGGCCCGAAAGGGCGUCGAGAACACUGUACUGCAAGAGCUUGCCAAAAUCGGCGACACUGAAGAUCACCCACAUGAGAUCUCGUCACGGGCGUCUUCGUCAACCGACGGCAGCGAAGUCGACGACAGCGCCGGCGAGAAAGGGAGCACCGCUCCUGCCCUCGCAAAGCUCACUGAGGGUGACAACGGAGAUGGCCAAGUUGCGGAUGAGAGGCCUGGUGAUGGCAAAUUUGUUCCUCAGUCGGCCACGACGUCGGACGACAGCCUUUACAGGCCACCGUCACCCCAGAUAAAGGCAUUCGCCGGAAAUGGUGCCAAUGGUGUCGCAAGCUCCAGAGGCAAUAGUCUCGCACAGUCAGUCCGACACACACAUACCAGAGGUCUCGAAGCAAGCAGCUCUGUAUCGGAUCCAACACACGACGACGGGCCUGACCAUACGGCCGAUAGCGGCGUUUUUGACCAUACUUCAGACAUACUAGUCGAGACGCAGGACGAAUAUCCGCAGCGCAAGUCCUCGUACAAUUACCCCGAGCAUGCACCUGAUGGGCUCACGGUCUUAGCCGCACUCGCAUACCAGCACGCAAAGGUCCACGGAUGGAUCCCGAACGAUAUGGACGACGCAUCCUGGCGGGCUACGGCCGUUCCUUUGCUCUGUAGCAUGGAUAGUCAGGUACUCAAUCGAUUGGUGCAUGGGCGCCGCCUGGAGCCAUCCAUAUCCGAUCGACAACAAUCGAAAUGGGCCACGAAUGGCGGAACAGAAGCACCUGUGAUCUAUGCCAGGGCAUUUUGCGACGGGCGAACUGGACGACCGAUCACUGCCGGUGAGCUACGACUUGUCAUUGCCCGACUGCGUAUCUACACGACACUGGAGCCCACGGAUGAUGAGGUUGACCUCAUCACGGGUGUUGAGGAGCAAGCUCCGCGUAAUGAACCAAAGGAUCGACAUAUCCGGUCCGGCCGGAGACAUUUCUUUGGAGAGCAGCGUCUAACCGCCGAUUUGCAUGUUCGAGCAUCCAAGAUUCUCAGCUUCUGCCAAAGGUGCGAGGAGCGAAUGCAGCACAUGGAGGACUCCGAAGAUUUCCGUAUGCUCUUUUACAUCGGCUACACAUUGGUAUUUACCGCACGAAUGGAGCAACACCGCUCCGCUUCCGGUAACACAAGCUGGUUCAUGAACUUGUUCCUGGCAACGUGCAAGGCGGUCCUCAUUUCAAAGAAGGAAAACUGGUCGUUCCAAGACACCGCACUAUGCUUCUGUGUCGAUGAAACAGAAGUCUUCGUUGGGGAAAUCUUGAUGACACUCCUCUCUGGGGCAUGGCUUUGGGAUCCAUCCUCCUGGUAA